AUGCCGCACGCGAAAGCCUACGUGAAACAGGCUGACAUGUUGGAUCAGAUGCAACAGGAGGCGGUGAAUCACGCCUACGAGGCGUUGCACUGCAACACACAGUACAUGGACAUUGCUAAACACUUGAGGACCCACUUCGAUCACUGCUACGGACCCUCGUGGAGUUGUGUUGUUGGCAAAGAUUUCGGCACAUCAUUCGCAUAUGAGAAGAAACAUCUAAUUUCCUUCGAACUGAAAGGUUACACAUUCCUCCUGUUCCGUGGGGCGUGA